AUGAGCCCCUCAUGGGCGCUUUUACUCUGUAUUCUGGCCCAGUUACCGUGGUCGGCGCUCCUGAAGCGGCACCAUUACCGUCGCUAUCGGCCGCACAAUUACCCGCUUACGUUGACCAUACGCAAUCACAACGUCACCGAUGCCAGAUUCUUUCGAUUAAUGGGCGUCGACAACACCGCCGACUUCUACGUCGCUCCUGGCAAAACUUUCACCAAAACUUAUGAAGUAAGAGUUUGAGGAGAAGUAAAUUUUAUUUUUAAGUAUAAGGGGGAGGUAGGUAUGGAAAAGGUCUUUUAGUUAAGGUUUUUAGGUAGGGUAGGGUGCAUUUAAGAGGGUAGACUGUCUUUAUGUAGGGGAGGAUUUUUUUGGUAGAGCAGGAUGUUUUUAGGUAAACUUAAGCCCAAGGCCAAGCUUAAGCCUACACUUAAGCCUAAUCUGAAGGCUAAGCCUAAUCCGAAGGCUAAGACUAAACGAAAGUGGAAUCCUAAUCCAAAGUUUGAGCCCAAGCCUAAACCUAAGUCUAAGCCUAAGCUAAGUCUAAGCCUAAGCCUAAGCCUAAGCCUAAGCCUAAGCCUAAGCCUAAGCCUAAGCCUAAGCCUAAGCCUAAGCCUAAGCCUAAGCCUAAGCCUAAGUCUAAGCUAAGCCUAAGCCUAAGCCUAAGCCUAAGCCUAGGCCUAAGCCUAAGCCUAAGCCUAGGCCUAGGCCUAAGCCUUUACAUAAGCCCAGCCAGAUUUCUAACCCUAAAACAUAAAAAAAUUUAUUUUCAGGUAAACCGUAAAGGCUGGUGGACGUUGAUAGUCGAAUUUCCAAAUAACAAGUUUGCACGAUCGCCGAAGAAGAUCAUCUCCAGAGACUCGUAUCCUCAUUGGAUUAUGGAGGUAAGGUGUUUUAAUACCUCAAACUUUAGUUUUUAGGUAUCAAAUUUUAAAAUUUCGAAUUUUCAUAAUUUUUGAAUUUUUUUUUGGAUUUUUUUAAUUAAAAAAAUUAAAAUGCCAAUUUAGGUCUACUACUACCCGGGCCAGGUCGGUUUCAGCGAAUGGCACAAAAUGCGACGACGAAAAUAUCGACAUUACAAAGUAAUCGACUAG